AUGGCUGACAGGGGGGAGCGUGUGCUGGUGCAGGCGGAGCAGAAAGGGCUCAGUGUGUUCGCUGUCUGCUGCGGUGACGGUGUGGAGGACAGAGGAGGAGAUUCAGAGCUGGAAACAGAGACCAGCACAAAAACACUCGCUGAUGUCUCUGACCAGGGACCUGUUGGACCUCCUGGAGACCUGGGUGGAGUGGGCCCUCAGGGACCAAAAGGAGAUGCUGGCGCUCGUGGACCUCCUGGGGAGCCUGGUGUCGGACCUGACGGGCUCGAUGGUAUUCCUGGAACAGACGGGCUGCCAGGUGAACUGGGCAAAGUUGGAGCAUCUAGUGUAUUGAUCAGAGUUUGUUUACACUGUGUUAAUAAAGACUUGUGUUUCUCACAGGGAGCCAGAGGAAAGAGAGGUCCGGUGGGUCUUCCUGGUGUUGCUGGGCCGAGGGGUCCACCAGGCGUGUAUCAAGGCGAGGACCUGUGUCCCAACGCCUGCCCCUCCGGUCUGCACGGACACUCCGGUCUCCCCGGCAUGAAAGGCCACAAAGGACUUAAAGGUGAAUUUGGUGAGCCUGGACGACAAGGACAUAAGGGCGAGGAGGGCGAGCAGGGGCUGCUGGGUGACGUCGGAGCUCAAGGACUACCAGGCCCAGGUGGACCAAGAGGCCUUCUAGGAAUAUUGGGCUCCAAAGGGGACAGGGGACCUCGAGGAAAACCCGGUGAUCUAGGUCCUCAGGGGAUCAUGGGAGGUCCAGGAGAUAGGGGCCAAAGAGGAGCCAUUGGUGAACCCGGUCCAGGUGGAGUGCUGGGGGAUCAAGGUCCAGCAGGGAUCAGAGGAGUACCAGGACCAAAGGGAGAGGCUGGCCUUCCUGGUCCAGAUGGACGUGAGGGGAUACCCGGGCUGCCAGCUACAAAUGGUCUUCCAGGAAAAAGUGGGGCUCCUGGUGACGCUGGUCCACAAGGGCUUCCUGGUUUACCAGGCGCUUACGGUCAAAAAGGUCACGCUGCUGCACAGGGUGUCACUGGUGAUCCAGGGGUUGUAGGACUGAUGGGGUCUCCAGGGAAGCAGGGUGAGCGAGGCGAGCAGGGGGAGGUUGGACCCGCCGGACCCCGAGGAGGACCAGGUGAACGAGGAGAGAGAGGACAUGAGGGGCCUGCAGGAUCACCAGGAGCCAGAGGAGGCAAAGGGGAUCCAGGCCUUCCAGGACUUCCUGGUCCAGCUGGGUACCGUGGCCAGAAGGGCGACCGGGGUGCAGUGGGUCUGGAUGGAGCACAGGGAGAACAGGGACCUGCAGGUGCUGAAGGGACAGCAGGAGACACCGGAGAGCUGGGAGAUCAAGGAGAGGCAGGAGAGAAAGGAGCGACCGGACCACCAGGAGAGACAGGAAACAAAGGACCUGAGGGCGGCCGAGGACAGGAGGGGAAAGAGGGCAAACUGGGCCAGCCGGGACCCCGGGGCAUGCAGGGAGACAUGGGGGUACCAGGUCUGCCUGGGACUCAGGGAUCAGCGGGGAAAUCUCCAACAGACACACACAUCAAACAAGUCUGCAUGAGGGUAAUGCAAGAGCAGCUGGCCCAGCUAGCAGCCUCUCUGAGCAGACCUGAGUCGGGCAUCGCAGGAAUUCCCGGUCCCCCCGGCCCGCCUGGACCUCCAGGAUCCACUGGAGAAAAUGGUUUCCCCGGACACACUGGAUCACGAGGACUGCCCGGUCUGAAGGGUCCCCUCGGGGUGAUGGGUCGCAAAGGACCCAGAGGUGAUCAGGGAGACAAAGGGGACAGAGGACCCACAGCAAGAGGAGCCAAAGGGGACCCAGGUGCCCCCGGUCUACCAGGUAAUCACGGUCGUGCAGCUUACGGCAGAGAUGGUCGUGAAGGAGAUCGAGGACCUCGUGGUGUUCCUGGAGCGGUCGGCGUCCCAGGACCUCCUGGUACUCCCGGUCUGAACGGAUACUGCGAGUCGUCACAGUGCAUCCUAGCCAUGGUGGCGUCACCGGUUUCUGCAAAGGACUCUGGCAUGAAGGGCCCCAGUGACAUGUGAGGCGAUGGGGGGCUGAAAACUGAGAGACUGAGAGGAUUUGUCCGUUUGGGUUUUGUCACUUGGUUUGUAUGAUUCUUUUUAUUCGUCCUCUCCUUUUUGAAGUAAUUCUGACGCCAUCUUUGUGAAGGCGGACCCUGAACAGCACACCUCGCCUUGUGAAACUCCUUCACAUUAAAUGUUUCAUGUUACCUCAGAUUUGCCAUCUCUGUACUGUAAACACAUCCAAAAUUAAGAACUCACUGUCACUGUACAAACCUCCCCAGUCUUCAUUCCUACCAGAGCAACGACGAGACGAGUCUGAAAGUCUUCUGUACGUUUAUGUAAAUGUGUCAAUACGCAAAUUAUACUUCUGGAUGACGUA